AUGUUGCAGCAGGAGCUCACCAAGAACAGCAUGACUAUCAAACUCCACCGUUGGGUUGGUGUGGCUGAAGAUUGUGGAAGCAACGGCUUUGCGGUCGAAGGUCCCGUAGUUACUGCUGGGGCGUGCGCACCUGCGUCAUCAAGCGCUUCCCUCGAUUGGACUACGACGGGGCAAAGGCAAAACGAAGGAUGUCAGGCUCCAGCGCGGAGAUCGGCUGCUUCCCACGUUGUCCAGCCCGCUGCAUGGCUUUGCCUUGGUCUCGCACUCAUGCUGGCGUCAGCCGUACCAGCGGAGUACUUGGACCUACGUGCGCUGAUGCAAGAGCUGAUUCUUGCAACCAAUACGCUGCUCCUGGCGUUGCCCAGUUUUCUUCCGCUCUCCAGUCAAGCAUGCUUGGCCCUUCCCCUGCUUGGUGUGGCAUGGCUGCUACUGAUUCACUUCGUCUGGCGCGAGGUGUCAAUGCUCUCAGGGCUUCCCGAGAAGCAGCCACGAAGACUGGUGGUUCCGCAGCCGAUUGUUGCAAUGCUUUCGUCGACGUGCUUUGGCUACGGAACCUUCUUCUUGUUCAAUUGGGCAGGAGUGUAUUCCUGA